GAGAAACAAAGCUGGUAGAGACCGGGGAAACGGUGAUAGCCAAAGCUAAGUAGCCUGGCUAAACCUUUAUUCACCACUUAUUGCUCCUGUUCAAUAUGAAAUUGUACUGUCUGUCUGGUCAUCCCACCUUGCCUUGCAAUGUCCUCAAAUUUAAAUCCACCACCAUCAUGCUGGACUGUGGACUGGACACCACCUCCGUCCUCAACUUCCUGCCCCUUCCUCUAGUGCACAGUCCACGACUCUCAAAGCUUCCUGGUUGGGUCUAUAAAGAUGGAACGAUUAACUUGGAAAAGGAGCUGAAGGAGUGUGCAGGAAGAGUGUUUGUGGACUCACAGCCAGAGUUUUGUCUGCCUGAGAAAGAACUGCUGGAUCUGUCUACCAUCGAUGUCAUCCUGAUCUCCAACUACCACUGUAUGAUGGCUCUGCCUUACAUCACUGAGCACACAGGCUUCACCGGCACCGUUUACGCCACAGAACCCACUCUGCAGAUCGGCAGACUGCUGAUGGAGGAGCUGGUGAACUUCAUGGAGAGAGUUCCCAAAGCCCAGUCUGCCACCUGCUGGAAGAAUAAGGAAAUGCAGAGGAUGCUCCCUGCGCCACUGAAGGAUGCGGUGGAUGUGUGGACGUGGAAACGAUGCUACAGUAUGCAGGAGGUCAACUCUGCCCUCAGCAAAGUGCAGCUUGUGGGUUAUUCACAGAAAGUGGAGUUGUUUGGAGCGGUACAAGUCUCCCCAUUAAGCUCUGGUUACUCGUUGGGUAGCUCGAACUGGAUCAUCCAGUCUCACCAUGAGAAAGUUUCUUAUGUGUCGGGGUCAUCCCUCCUCACCACACAUCCACAGCCGAUGGACCAAAGCUCCCUGAAGAACAGUGACAUCCUGAUUCUGACGGGCCUCACCCAGAUGCCCACCGCCAACCCAGAUGGCAUGCUGGGGGAAUUCUGCAGCAACCUGGCCAUGACGAUCCGUGCGGGAGGCAACGUGCUAGUGCCAUGUUACUCAUCGGGGGUGAUAUACGACCUGCUGGAGUGUCUGUACCAGUUCAUCGAUAGCGCCAACCUGGGCACGACACCCUUCUACUUCAUCUCGCCAGUCGCCAACAGCUCACUGGAGUUCUCUCAGAUCUUUGCUGAGUGGCUUUGUCACAAUAAGCAAUCAAAGGUGUAUCUUCCAGAGCCUCCGUUUCCCCAUGCAGAGCUGAUCCAAACCAACAAGCUCAAGCACUACCCCAGCAUUCACGGAGACUUCAGCAGCGAGUUCCGUCAGCCAUGCGUGGUGUUCACCGGCCACCCCUCUCUGCGCUUCGGGGAUGUGGUUCACUUCAUGGAACUAUGGGGCAAAUCCAGCCUCAACACCAUCAUCUUUACCGAACCAGACUUCUCUUACCUGGAUGCUUUGGCUCCCUAUCAGCCGCUGGCUAUGAAGUGUGUUUACUGCCCCAUUGACACACGGCUCAACUUCCACCAAGUGUCAAAACUGCUCAAAGAAGUCCAGCCCCUCCAUGUGGUGUGUCCAGAGCAGUACACCCAGCCUCCACUGACCCAGUCGCACCGCUCCGAUCUGAUGCUGGAGCUGCAGCCCCCUCCCAUGCCCUACAGACGCUGCUCUGUACUCAACCUGCCCUUCAGACGCCGUUACGAACGUGUCUACAUACUGCCAGAGCUGGCCAACUCUCUCGUGCCGUCUGAGAUCAAACCUGGCAUCUCUGUGGCAACUGUGUCCGCUGUGCUGCACUCCAAGGACAACAAGCACACACUACAGUCGGUGCCCAAACCCCCUCCAGCACCUCCCAGCAAGAAGAGGAAGCGGGUAAUGGAGGAGCCCCCUGUGGUGAUGGCCCCAAAACCCCUCCUGAGUGGAGCUGUGCCCCUGGAAAUGUUUCUGUCCACAUUGCAGAAGCAUGGCAUCACAGAGGUGAAAGUGGAGGAGACGACGGACGGACACAUUCUGCACCUGCAGGCGGAGGACACACUGAUUCAGCUGGAGGAGGACGGGACACACAUUGUCUGUGACAACAACGAGCCGCUGAGGACGACACUGAGAGACCUGGUGCUCCGUUUCCUGCAGAAACUCUGAAAAGAAUCCUCUUCACACCUCCAUAUUGAUAAGAUUUAUAACAGCGUUUCUGCUGUAUUGGACUGGAGAUAGCAACAGAAAGGAUUGAAAGUCCUUGAAAGGCCCCACCUAAGUUGUCUAUUUAACACUGUAACAUUUACAGUAGUUUUACUGUAAAGUCCAGUUAUAUUUUGUAAAAUAUUUUGUAUUA